CAAACUCAAAUCAAAAUCCUUAAAUGAAGAAUUUUGGAGUUGCUGUAUUUCUUCUGGUUUUAGUUAGCUUGACGAACUGUUAUGGUAUCUUGCAAACAGGAUUUUACGUUGGCAAGUGUGGAAACCAGGAUGUAGAAGCCAUCAUCAGGAAUGUUGUCCGCCAAAGGUUUGCGAGGGAUCCUACAAUUGUUGCUGCACUCCUCCGAUUGCAUUUCCACGAUUGUUUUGUUACGGGAUGUGAUGCGUCCCUACUCUUAGAUGGCCCUUCAAGUGAAAAAACAGCCGAUCCAAACUUUAGCGUGAGAGGCUAUGACCUUAUCGAUGCUGCUAAGGCUGCAGUUGAGAGAGCUUGCCCAAGAGUCGUUUCUUGUGCUGAUAUCAUCGCCAUCUGUACUAGAGAUGCCGUCUCAUUGGCUCAAGGGAUAAAUUACAGAGUACGAACAGGACGGAGAGAUGGAUUAGUAUCCCAAGCUAGCAGUGUCAGCCUCCCAGGUCCUUCAAUUUCAGUCGCUGAUUCCAUUGUUUUCUUUGCCGACAAGGGUUUCACUACCAAAGAAAUGGUUCUUCUCAUCGGUGGGGGUCAUACCGUAGGGAUAACACAUUGUGCGUUUAUCAGAGACCGUCUCUUCAAUUUCAGAGGUAGUGGUAGACCUGAUCCAUCCAUGAAUCCCAAUCUACUUAAUAGAUUGAGAGGAACGUGUCCUCGAGGAGGACCCGACAACUCGAUUAACCUGGAUCAAACCCCUGGUAGUUCUUUUGUCGUGGACAAUGGUUUUUACAAUCAAUUAGGAGGUGGAAAUGGAAUUUUGGAAAUCGAUCAAGCCAUGGCGUCCCACCCUGAAACUCGUAAUAAAAUUAGAUUAUUCGCAAACGAUGGACCACUUUUCCAAACUCAGUUUGCUACAGCCUUGAUCAAAAUGGGAAAUCUUGAUGUUAUUACACACAGGAAUGGAAAGAUCGGAGAAAUUCGAAGAAAUUGUCGUGCCCGGAACUAAUCAUCGUGAUAAUUAAAUUAAAAAACAUAAAACUCAACCACAUGUGAUUUGUAUGACACAUGCAUGAGGGUUAAUUAUCUAUAUACUUUUGUUUGAUUGUUUGUUUGUCUAUUUGAUUUCUAAUUGAUUUUCAGAUUUUGUGUUGGGAUUUAUUUCAAACCUUUGUAUGAAUAAACUUUCUUAAUUAAUGGAUUUUGUAUUUAAGUCUUUUGCGGUAAA